CAAUGCUUGAUGUUGUUGAUGAUGAUGAUGCAGCAUGGCCGUGCUUUACUUCCUUGUAAACAUAUCCUUGUAUUCAUUUAAAGGGACAUCCUCGUGUUUCCUCAGUGUUUUAAUUGUUCUUAAAUAGGGAUUAUGCUAUCUGGUUAUUUAAAAGCUAAGCGUAUGCUUUCAACGUUGUUAUUGUGGUGACGUCAUUUAGUCGUCGAAGGGCUUUAAAGGGUGCUGAGUGCAAUGAUAUGGCACUGUGUUAUAUUAUUGUAUUUUUACGAGCAUCCUCCUACUCUAAUGAUGACGAUAAUAGGUAAAGUCAUAGCUAGGCCCUCCACACCCUGAAAGAAGAGAAACAUCCGCAGUUGAAAAGAUGGCACCGCCAACUGUCCCGCUACUUCCUGAUAAGAGAAGUGUAACAAAUGGUCACAGCUUGCCAGCCGGAGCUGGAAAAACAACUAACAUGGAGAAGAAGCCUCUCCUAAAUGGAUAUUCAUCACCUUCACACUUGGUGGCUAAUGUCAGUAGCAACCAUGUGGGCAAACCCAUCAUUGAAGGUUUCUUGAAGACCGAUGACAGGAUGCGUUUAGCCAAAGAGAGACGAGAGGAAAGGGAGAGAAGCCUUGCGGCACGGGAGCAGCUGAUCAGGGAGAAGGAGCGGCGAGCUCAGUUGCAGUACGAGCGCACAGUGGAGGAGCGCUGGAAACGUCUGGAGGAGCAGAAGCACAAAGAGGAGCUCCGGAGGGCAGCCGUGGAAGAGAAGCGAAGGCAGCAGCUGGAGGAGGAGAGGGAGCGGCUGGAGGCCCUGAUGAGACGCUCUCUGGAGCGCAGCCUACACCUGGAGCACAGACACAAACGCUGGAGCAGAGGCUGCCCCAUUGGAGCAGGUGACAGUGAGAAUGCACCGCUCUCUUUCUCUGCUGCCUCCGCCCUUUCCCAUGGCCUUGCCUCCCCUCUUCCUGCUGUCAGCGAAUCUGCGCCCUGCAGCCCUCGCAGGUCUCCUUUGUGCAACUCACGGAGCCCCGCUGAUUCCCAUCGAGCAGCAGGAGUCCUGGAAGGCUCCCGGUCCACUCCCAACACACCCAAGAAGGAGCGUCUGCACAGGGAGAAAAGGACUGGCUCUCCGCGCUGUGGACUCAUAGUGAGAAGAUCUGAAUCUCCUGCUCAUGUCAUCAAACAGCUGACCUCUACAACUACUUCCAAGCUGGCUUCUAAGACGCGCACGCAUUCUCCCAGCUACAUCCACGAGUACCACCACUCUCCCACCAGACAUCGGCCCACCAAUGACAAGAAAAGUGAAGAUAAAAAGACAGACAAACACAACAAACACUCUGCAGGCAAAAACAACCUCCACAUCCCCAAUGCAGUGGACAUCUGUAAAGCCAGAUCUUCUGAAAGCCUCAGAGGUGACACACCAGAGAAAAAAGGGGACUUUUCACAGAAGAAUACAGAGACUAUCACUCACGACGGAGAGAAGAAAAGAGAAUCCUCGCCAUGCACGGUUACAGGGAAGGCCGCCGCGAGCAUAACCAACGCAGAGGAGGCUAGCAGGCUGUUAGCGGAGCGUAGACGCCAGGCACGGGCGCAGAAAGAACUGGAGGACAAAAAACGAGAGCAAGCGGAUGAAGAAAGACUGAAAGAAGAACAGCUGAGGAGGCAACUAACACAAGAGCAACGGCAUCAGCAGCAGGAGCCCAAGGACAGGGGGAAGAAUGGUGCAGAUGCUGAUAAGACAAAACAAGAAGGGGACAAACAACAGCAGGAUGUGCAUGAGAAGGAAUUGAUGGAGAGAGAAAAGGCCAAAGUUCAAGCACAAGAAGAAGCUGAGCGCCAGCGUCAAGACAGAGAACAUCAGGUGCAACAGGAAGAGGAGGAGAGGCAGCUAAGGAAAAAGAGAAUCGAGGAGAUCAUGAAGAGAACGAGGAAAGGGGAAGCUGACGUAAAGGACGAACAGGUGGAGACCAAGUCACCACCAGGGGAAGGAAAAGCUGUUCUAAGUGAAGCUCAGAAAUACUUUAAAGAGUAUAAAGACCAGGGCAAAAGCCAGGGUGAGAGGAAUGGGAAGAAAGAUGCUUCAGCGCAGAUGGACCAGCAUGUUCACAACAGCACUCAACAAGUGAUGCCAGCACUCAAUGUUCCUGACAAGAAGCUGGACAUGGGGGGCAUGCUCAAACAGAGGGAGGUGCAGGUGAAUAAGCAGCCAAAAAUGAACAUCAUAAAAGCCAUACAUCCAUUCAAAAAAGCACCAACAAAUGAAACAGAUGUCAAGGGUAAGGAUGUGAAUGGAGUGGUCAGGGAUGCAGGAAGUGUCCCAAAGAGAGGUCAUGUGACUACAGAGGUAAACACACCGCAUGUGGCGUCCUCUGAGAAGAAAACUGAAGUAGCUCCAAAGCCCAGAUCACCACCUGUCAUACAUCUGGAGUCGCUGGAAGUCAAGCGGUCUUGUGACGAGAUGCAGCCCAUGGACGUCAGCCCAACUUCCAAGGAGGAAUUGAUUUCCAUCACAGAAUUCUCACCAGUUAAUGAAAUCCAACACUGCGGCAUAAGUAACACCCGGGCUCUCCAGGACCUGAUGGACCUGACAGGCAGCAUCACUUGCUCCAAAGUCACCUCUCAAGACAACGUAGGUGACUGUAACAAAAACCUGAUCGAGGGGGUUGUCAGCCCCAUGACGGACUCUAAGCUCAUUGGAACGUCGCCGCCAUCCUCAAAUCAAGUUAGCAUCCAUUAGUGUGAUCGUAAGUUUCUCACACACAGACACUAGAUACGUAUAACAUUUAUAAACUGUAUCACUACAUUUAUGGGACGAGAGCCACAAACUGACAGCUACUAACACUAUAAACCCUUGCAGCUUUACAGUAUUCUAUUGUGGGUGAGAGCAGGGGUGGAUAUUUAAAAGAAUGUAUCAGAAUGUUCUGCACUCCUGUUUCCAAGCCAGUGUCAUAUUGAGCAGAAUAAUGCAGUCGUAGUGGAGGAUUGUGUGUAUCGAGCUCUACUUCCCAUAGCUAUCAUGGUUUUAUUUAGACAGCAAACUAGUUACAACUAAAUCAACAGUGCGUCUGUCGGUUGCUGCAAAGUAGCGCACUCCAUUUUGCCUCGGUUGCUUCAUGAUUCCAUGAAUCAACAGUUCACAUUUCUGCAAAUAUUUGAUUAUAUCUUUUCAUGGGACAACACAAAGAAACAACACUUUCAUACAAUGUAAAGUAGUAGUAGCAGUAUUCCAACAUGAUAAGGACCCCAAGCACCCCUUUAUGAUGACUACUGCUUUGCCAAAGAAGCUGAGGGUAAAGGUGAUGGAUUUAAACCCUAUUGAGCAUCCUCAAACAGAAGGAGUGCAAGGUGUCUAACAUCUACCAGCUCCAUGAUGUCAUCGUUGUUAGAGUUGAAUUAAAUUGUAAACAAGUGUUGUUUCUGCUUUGUUGUCCCAUGUAAAAAUAUUAAAUAUUUGCAAAAAUGUGACAUACUAUCUGUUAAUCAUUCCAAAGGUAAAAGUGUAUCUGUCAGGCUUUUGAAUAUUGAAGAAAUGUACAGAAUGGUAUGACUAUAGGCAGUCUCAAGACUCUACUUAUGCGUCCAAAUUACAUGUGAGAUAAUGAAGAUUAUGCUAUGGCAAACUGGAGAGAAGCAGCGAUAUUAGCUUAUUCAAAACAAAUGUUCAACUUUGGGACUGUUGCCUUUAGUGAAGUUGAUUUUCAAUUAGCAACUUCAAGCUUGCUACUCAUCUGUAGAGCAUUCCAAUGCAUUACCAUCAUCGUCUUUAUUAUUAACUUUAGCAUAAACAGUCAUAAACUUCAUUCAAUUGAUAUCUAGUUGAGGAAAUAAGACUCCAAUGCUGCAGUUAGUCACUGUGCAACAGGCUAUGCACAGGUAUUUAAAUGUUAUGCACAACUCCCCAAAAAAAAAACAUUCUUAGCUUUCUCUUUUAAAAUGUAGCCUUAUGGAGGAAUACAUAAGAUGCUGUAUAUUUGUAAUUUGUUGUUUGCGUUCUGCAUGCAGUGAGGUCAUUGAUAUCCAUCCAUCCAUCCUUCCAUCCAUUUUCUAUGCCGCUUGUCCUCAGGUCAUUGGCCUGUGACCUGUAAUACUUGAACCUCAUUUGUCCAACUGUUCUUGUGCAUGUUAUUGUGUCCACUUCAGACAUUUAUUUUCAGGUCUAAAUAUUUGCUUUGCAGAUGUGUUGAACUAUUUCAAAACAAUCUCACUGUAAAGUGAACUUAAAGCUUCCACUGUAGAGUUGUGCAUGAUUAGCAUGAUCAUAACAAUCUCCAACAAUAAAAUGUUAAAUGGUCAACAUUGUGUUUUUAUU